AUGCAGCAGCUGUUACUCUUUUUGCUGGGUGUGAGUGCGCUACCCUGGCUUCCACGCGACGGGGGGCUGCCGGUGUUCGCCCACGGCACGGAAGAUGGCGGCAUCGAGCCCGAUCACUUCCGCACAUUGAUGGUCACCUUCCAUGAAGACUGUGAUCCAGAAGAAGCGAAAAGAAGAGCUCUACAGAGCAGCUUGCAAGAAAAGUUCUCGGCCUUGCCGCAAGCUGCUCCUGGGCUCGGUGCACACACAGGAUCCAGCGAAUCACCGGCAACGGUGUCCGUCACCGCCGCUGGUGUCGCUUCAUAUGAGGCAUACACGACGAAACAGUUCACCGCUGAUUUUUCCCACAUGGCUACGUCUGCAGAAUCAGAAGAGGCUUCCCAGCUUCCCCCUUCGAGGUGCGUGGUGACCGACGAGACCUUGCACCGCGUUGGGGUCGACAUCAUCAACCUCACAGAUUGCCCCUCAGUUGAAGGGGGCGAAUUAAAACUCGCGUUUGAAAGGGAUCCAUGUGUGUCUUCAGUCGAGUUCGACCAGCUUGUUCACAUAGUCGAUGGAGAACAUGACCCUCCGUUCCUCGGGUCGAACUCGGGGCACAUCGUACAGCCCACCUCAGAGCCUGAUGCACCAAAAAGAGAUCGAAAGAAGCUCGCGGAAGAACCGUACUGGCUUGAGAUAGCGGGGUUCGACGAAGCGUCUGAUCUGGCUGAGUGUCUUCGAAGCGAGGUUGUGGCUGUCAUAGACACCGGUGUGGCCUACAACCACCCAUCGCUUCGGAGAAACAUGUGGAAGAACCCUGGAGAGAUCCCGGGAAACGAUAUUGACGAUGACAAUAACGGAUUCGUCGACGACGUUUAUGGCUUCAACUUCAUCGACAACAAUGGGGACAUGUCAGAUGACAACGGCCAUGGCACUCACUGCGCUGGCAUUAUUGCGGGCUUGAAAAACACCGAUACGGGCGCCCGAGGAGUCUGCGGUACUACCAGCGUUGCUGGCCUGAAGUUUAUGGGAAGCAGCGGCAGCGGUGCCACGAGCGAUGCUGUCAAGGCGAUCAAUUACUGCAUACAAAUGGGCAUCCGUAUCAGCAACAAUAGCUGGGGCGGUCCAGGGCGAACAGAUGCCUUGGAAAAAGCUAUUGUCAAAUCACAUGAAGCUGGCCAUAUCUGCGUAGUAGCGGCUGGCAAUGCUGGACAAAACAUUGAUCGAUCUCCCUCGUAUCCCGCCUCUUACAGCUCCUCAAACAUCGUGGCCGUCGCCGCCACCGACUCUUCGGAUUCAAUGGCGUCGUUCAGUAACACCGGGGCCCGUUCGGUACACGUCGCUGCGCCUGGUGUGGCAAUAUUAUCGACGUAUCCACCUGAUUCCUUCAAGGAACUCUCAGGAACGUCUAUGGCGUCCCCUGUGGUAGCGGGACUAGCUGCUUUGUUAGUGUCCCUUCCAUUUGAGGACCACUUGCAAGUAAAGGAAGCUAUCAUGGAAGGUGUGGACAAAAUCCCGGCAACCCGCGGUAGGGUAAAAUCAGGAGGCCGAAUCAACGCCGCACAGUCAAUCUUAUGGCUCGCCAACGCGCUGGGAAUGCAACGUAGCUUUCUCGAAGGCGAAGCAGCACGAAAACACUUGCAGUACAACAGCGAGGUCCUCGCAGAUGGGCGUGAAGAGAGGAGCGAUUGCUGA